AUGGAGCAGCUGGACGAAGGCGAGCUCUGCUUCCCGCAGCUUCUGAACGCCUCCUGCAGGAGGCCAGCGGAGCGGCGUGGAGCGCCGGACACCGUCCUCUACAUCCUGCUGAGCAGCGUCUCUCUUUCCACCGUGACUCUCAACCUGCUGGUCAUCAUCUCCAUCUCCCACUUCAGGCAGCUCCACACGCCCACUAACCUCCUCCUCCUGUCUCUGGCCGUCUCAGACUUCCUGGUCGGCCUCCUGCUGAUGCCGGGGCGGAUCCUCCGGCUGGACGGCUGCUGGUAUCUGGGGGACGUGGCGUGCGGCGGCUUUUACUUCGCCUCCUUCGUCCUCACCUCGGCCUCGGUGGGAAACAUGGUGCUGGUGUCCAUCGACCGAUACGUCUCCAUCUGCGACCCGCUGAGCUACCCGUCCAGAGUCACCCGGACCAGGGUGAAGGUCUGCAUCUGCCUGUGCUGGACCUGCUCUCUGGUUUAUAACGGCGCCAUUCUGCACGACUUCCUGCGGCGCCCGGACAGGCACAACUCCUGCUACGGCGAGUGCAACAUUCGGAUCAGCGCCGUCAGCCGGGUGGUGGACAUGGCGCUGACCUUCGUCGGGCCCAUCCUGGUCAUCGUGGCUCUGUACCUGAGGGUCUUCGGCACGGCGGCGUCUCAGCUGCGAGCCAUCCGCUCUCAGAUCGCCGCCGUCACCCUGCAGCCUGCGGGCCUGCAUGUGAAGCGCUCCAGCAGGAAAGCCGCCACGGCCGUCAGUGUGGUGGUGCUCGUCUUUCUCAUCUGUUUCCUCCCUUUUUUCUCUGCCACUCUGAUACCGUCCACCUCCUCGGCCAGCACAGCCUUCUACAUCUUCGGCAUCUGGCUGCUCUACUCUAACUCCCUCUUCAAUCCACUCAUCUACGCUUUCUUCUACCCCUGGUUCAGGAGGUGUGUGAAACUCACGUUUUCACUUCAGAUCCUGCAGCCCGGCUCCUCUGACACCAACAUCCUGUAG